CUCUGGUGGCUCGGGUUGAGGCUAGUGAUGCUAACGCCGUUGCUGCAAGAGCACAAGCUGAUGCUGCCCUGGCAGCACAAGCCUCUGGGUCUGAGAAGUUCAAGCCUGCCCCUUCUCCUAGGUUUGAGAACAAGGAGAAGGACAUGGAAAUCAGGAGAUGGGUUCCCAUUGUUGAGGAGCAUUAUGCAGGCUGUCUUGAUGUUGACUAUCUGCGUCUGGCAAGCUCUCAUCUGUCUGGCAAGCCCAGAUCAUUCUGGCAGAGCAAGCUCGAUGCUCGCAAAUCGUCUGGAGAGCCUAUUGCUGACCCUCGUGCUUUCUUCCGAGACACCAUGUACUCCAGUGGCUAUGGUUUGAAGGAAGAGGUUCAGGGCUACUGGGAUGCAUAUCAUGAGCUUAAGCAGGGUCAUGAUCAGGAUAUUUCUGAGUACAACUCUGUGUUCGAGCAGGUCAUGACCGAUCUGUCUAAAGAGGUCACUGACGAGCCCGUUAAGAUAGAGAAGUACAAAUCUGGUCUGCAGCCAGCUCUGAGGGAACUGGCAAGGGUGUCGCCAGAUGGCACUCGCUGGACGUCUCUGUCCUCUCUGAUCUCCUAUUGUACGCUCCAGUGGCCAACUAUCAAGGCCAAGCUGGAAAGGGAGAGGAAGCCAGGCGGCCACAAGGUUGAGAAGGUGGCGGGGAAGCGCAAGUUCGCAUCCCCUCCUCGGGGACGUGGAGCAUCUGCUGGGCCUCGGGAAGGCAACUCUGGAGCUUCCGGGCACAAGAACCAACGGCUGUCUGAGGAAGAGAAGGAGAGGCGUAGAGUCAACAAGCUGUGCAACAUCUGUGCUAGCCCAGAUCACCGUGCUGAUAAGUGCCCUGAGCGCACAACUCCCUGGGUUCCUAAGAAGCAGUUCAGGAAGGGCAGGAAGGAUUUCUCUUAG